UGUUCUAAACUAAUAUAGGUGAGGUAAGUUUCAGGAUAGAGAAAAGAUGUCGGAACCGGAGGCUGCUGGUGAUAAUGUUAACAAUGAAGAAAAUAACCCACCUGAAAGUAAAACAGAGAAUAAAAAUGAAGAAGAACAACCUGAACCUCCUAAAGAAAUGAAAGCUGUAGUACUUGCUGGUUUUGGUGGGUUAAAGUCAGUUAAAGUAAUGAACAAACCUCAACCAGCUGUUGGAGAGGGCGAGAUUUUGAUACGAGUAAAGGCAUGUGGAUUGAACUUCCUGGAUGUCAUGGUUCGACAAGGGGUAAUUGAUAGUCCUCCCAAAACCCCAUUUAUUUUGGGAUUUGAAUGUGCUGGAGAAGUAGAAGGUGUGGGAGAAGGAGUCACAGAUGUAAAGGUUGGAGAUAGGGUAGCUGCUCUGACUGAAUACAAGGCUUGGGCUGAGCUUGUUUCUGUUCCAGCCAAAUAUGUAUACUCGCUGCCUCAAGGAAUGGAGUUUCAAAAUGCUGCUUCUAUGUUGAUGAAUUAUGUAGUUGCAUACAUCCUGGUUUUUGAUAUUGGAAAUAUCCGAAGUGGUCAGAGUGUCCUUGUGCAUUCAGCAGGUGGAGGAGUGGGUCAAGCUAUUUCUCAACUUUGCAAAACUGUGUCGGAUGUAACUCUUAUUGGAACAGCCUCUAAGCAUAAACAUGAGUCAAUUAAAGAUAGCUUUGCUCACCUUCUAGACCAUGGUGUUGACUAUGUGCAAGAAAUCAAAAAAUUAUCCCCUGAAGGUGUGGACAUUGUGUUGGAUUGCUUGUAUGGAGAUGAUGCAAAUAAAGGAUAUAACCUUCUGAAACCUCUUGGGCGCUACAUUCUGUAUGGAACUUCAAGUAUUGUAACAGGAGAAACCAAAAGCUUCUUUAGUUUUGCAAAAUCUUGGUGGCAGGUUGAUAAAAUCAACCCUAUGAAGCUUUUUGAUGAGAACCGUUCUGUGUCAGGAUUCCAGUUACGCCACCUUCUUUAUCAGCAAGGAGCUCAUGAAUAUGUUCGUGGAGUUGUGAAUAAGGUCUUUAAAAUGUGGGAAAAUGGUCAUAUCAAACCUGUUGUGGAUUCUACUUGGGCAUUUGAAGAUGUUCCAGAAGCCAUGCAAAAGUUACAUGACCGAAAGAAUGUUGGAAAAAUCAUUCUUGAUCCCAAUAUGGAACCAAAACCUAAACCUAAGCUUCAGACAAAAGGUAGUAAGGAUAAGGAUAAAGAGAAGGAAAAAGAUGGUAAAGCUGUAGGUGAAACAGCUGCAGGAGAGAGUACAGAUGCUGAAAAAGAAAAUAAGGAAGGUGAUUCAUCUGCUCCAUCUUCUGCAAAUUGAAAAUACUUGACAUACCAAAGAAUGAAAAGCAAGAUAAACCAUCAACUUGAAAUUGAUGUCUUCAUUCCUAAAAAUGCUUCGGUUGGUCACAUAUUCCUUCUGGCCCAUAUGAAUGCUUUUGUAUAAUUGUAUUGAUGUUUUGCUUUUGUGCUAUAUCUUUACAUUCUUUAAUUAUCUGUAAGCUUUUCUGUGUUUUUUUUGUUCUAACUCAAGUGAAAUUUUAAAAGUUCCAAAGUGAAAGUGUUUAUAUUUUCUAGUUUUGAAUUAUACCAUAAUAGUUCAAAACAUUUUUGAAUUUUAUUAAUAUUUUCUUGUAAUAACACAAUUAAAUGGAUAUAACUACUUUUGCCUCAGUUAAUGUAAUUAAUGUGCAUUUUAUUAUUAUAGUAUGUGAUGUGACAAAAAUGCUUUAAAACAUUCCUUUUCUUACUUAUUUUAGUAAAUUUUUAUCACUUGAAGCAGUUUUUUCAAAAUUUUGAAGGUAUUUUUUUCAUAUCUUUCAAAAAUCUGUGAUUCUCAUCUACUAAGUAGUACAAGUCAUUUUAUAAGUUGUUCCUUUGGUUUUUGCUUAGUUGCUUGUGUGAACUAGCUAGAAGUUACUUUUCUUUUUUAAUUGAUCAAGAAUUAGCCAACAUGUAGUUGAUUUCCAAAGUAAAUGGUUAUUUUUUGACACUGAUAAUAAUAAUAAUAAUAAACAAUAAAAAUCUGUAUCUAUUCUUUAACUGCAUAGUAUUCUUUAGUUUCUAAAUUUCACUCAGCAACUUUAAAGUAGCUUUAUUGUUAACAUGUCUUUUUCUUUUCUUUUUUUAAUCUGAGUAGAAUAAAUUGGAAUUUUCAACUUGUUCCAAAUUUGAUUUUUGCAAUAAACAAUUAUUUGUAUAUAGGCAUUUAUGCAGAUAUUCAAAGUUUUCAUAGGUGCUUUUUGAAGAUUCUUUUCAACUUUCUCUUUUUGGAAGUAAAGAUCUAGGUCACUUGUUUUGCAUUAAAUGGCUUACUGCUCAAUUUAUUUUAUAUUUUAUAUGUUUUGUAAUACUUUAUUCACUUGUAGGACUAGAUACGUGAUAGAUUAAAAUUGAGUAAAGUGUGACAGUUGCCUUGCAUGUAUCAGUCACCAAAUUCUUUUGAGAUUUAAUCAGUGAAUCACUAUUCUGCCAUCACAUAAAUGUAUUUUUGUGCACUUAAAUAUCUAACAUAAAUAUGUAUGCUGUGAUGUUGCCACUUAUUGUGAUAUAAUUUGAUGUUCUCAUGUAGUGAAAUUUCAGCAUAAAAAUAAAGUUGAUAACUGGUCUUGCAAUCUGUUAA